CUUCUUUUCUAAUGUCAACCACAUCUGUCGUCAAACAUCACUUAAAAGAAAAGACUGAACAGCCCCGUCAAAAGAGAUACAAAGUUGGAAAAGCAUGUUUCACUUGUCGAUUAAAGAAAAUAAAAUGUGAUGGGUUACAACCUUGUAUGCAGUGUAAAGCCAGAAAUAGGCCCUGUUCUUUCUCCAAAGACGGAGUGGAAGAAGACGAAGAAGAAGAAUUUGUGCCUGUCGUAUCGCCUCCUGAGAUUCUUGUGAAAAGAACAAGAGCAAACAAUGUAGUAGCAACGGAAAUUUUGAAUCGGUUGUGUAAACUAAAUCCAGGACAAGGAAAAGAAGGCAAAUGGGAAUUUAAUUAUCAACAAUUAAUCAUGACAAGGAACCGAAAAUUAGACUAUAAGCAGCCUAAAGUGGACUUACCUUCAAAGACAAUUCAGCAAGACUUGAUCCAAUUGUAUUUCAAACAUUGCUAUCCAACAUUUCCAAUUAUACCAAAACGAUUAUUCUUUAAACAUUUCGAAUCCAACACAACUAAAUUAUUGACAAGUCCUAUCUUGCUGUUAAUGAUCUUCGCUCAUGGAUCACAAUACCAUGAUAAAUUAGAUGGUGAUGUUUAUUUUAACCAAGCUAAAAGUCUAUUAGAGUACGAAAUGAAUUACCCCACUAAGAGCACCGUAAUUGCUUUAACAUUGAUGAGUUUAUUUGAAAGUGGGAUCAACACAUGCAAUACAAUGUACAGUGCCAUGGCAUUUCAAAUGUGCAUAGAUAUGGAUUUAAUGAAAGAUCACGGUGAAUUGAUGGAGCUAAAGAAGCGAAUUUGCUGGUCAUGUUACUAUCUAGAUAAGAUUAUACAUUUACAAUCCGGUAAACCUUGGAUCAUUAAAAGCAAAGAUAUUGAAAUGGAUAUGCCACUUUUACAGCCAGGGGAUGAUAUUCACGAACAAAAAGUACUGCAGGUGUUUGUUAGUAUGAUAAAAUUACUACAAAUUGCGGAAAGAAUGUUGCAGCAAAAUCAGCCAAUUGUGUCCAUUAAUAGCGAUAAUGAAUUAAUACACUGGUUACGUUCAUUACAGCAACAAUUACAAUGGACACCCUUAAUUAUACAAACAACACCUCAUAUACCCGAUCCACCUUCCAGUCAAUUUAUUUGCCAAGUCCAUUUGAUGUAUAAUUUUAUUGAGUUACUGGUUUUGAAACCUUAUUUGUCUUCGACAGUAAAAUCGAUUCAUCAAAAAUCUAUUGCGAUAGCAACAAACCUUACUGUGAUCAUAGCAACCUUAUUGGACAACCGAAAUUGGAUCUUUAAUUUUAAUCUUGUCAUGGUUGCAUUAUUUGAAUCGAUCAAAAUUCAUUUGCGGGAUUGUGCAUCUUCCAAUGUGAACUUGGCGCGGCAUGCAAGAUACAUGUUUCAGCAGUCAAUGAAGGCCAUUAAAUCCUUAUUAAUAUUGGAUGAAGACAAAAACUCAAUCACAUUAACCAUCACCAAUUUUCUAACCUCACUCGAUGGAGCGUUGAAUGAUGCAAACAUUGAUGAUGAUAUGAUGACCCCGUUUGUUCUCGGCAGCUUGAAUCCACGACAAGAGGAAGUUAAUUAUUUUGGUCAUGGUCUUGUUACUCCGCCCGUUGUGAAAUCCAAAUCAAACAUGUAUUAUCAUCCACCAUCCAUGAUGUAUAAUAAUAACUUGUUUCAAUCUACUUGGCGUGCAACCAUGACCCCUGAUAGAUUUCAAUAUAAUAGACCUUUAGACUUUUUAUCUGCAGAGGAUUCAUCCAAACAACAUACACCAGCUGAAUUGUUAUCACAUUCAUCAGAUAUUGCCGCUUUGGUUGCUCAGAUCCAGGAUGGUAACACUAGUAGUAAUACCAGUGAAACAACGAAUACUGCCACAUCUACUCCAACCAAUAAUAACAAUAAUAAUGAAGAUCUUUUGUAUUCGUUACUAUCCGAUCAACAACCAGAACCUGAACCACCACAGCAACCACAGCAUCAGAGGUAUACGUAUCCAUAUACAAACGUCGGACUUGGUAUAUAUGCAUCUGCUCAUCAACACCAUAACGAUGUAAUUAGACAACAUUUACCGGCGGCCACACAUCCCGCUGUGACUAUUCCUAAAUCAGCUCAGGUGCCUUCCAACAUCAACUACAGUCAAUUAUUGGAGGUUCUCUAUGACUUUUCCCGAAAGUUGGCAGCACAAGUACCUGCUGGAUGCUUAGCUCCUGGUAAAUCCAUCUCCAUCAGCUACCCCAACUCUUUUGAAUUUACCGUUGCAUUUUUGGCUUCUACUUUCAUGAACUUGGUUGCAUCACCUUUAAAUCCUGCCUACACCGAGGACGAAUUUAACUUUUAUUUGGAGGACGCAAAAAGCACAAUCAUGAUUUUGCCAAGAGGAGCUUUAAACAACAAAAAUAACCCAGCUGUUUUGGCCGCCCAAAAACAAGGUGCACUUGUGGUCGAAGUCCAUUGGAACGGUACGGCCAUCGAGGUCGAUGCUCGGGUUCCUUCUCCUUUGGCCAAGGAACCUCACCGUGUGAUUGGUACAUUUGCUCCUAAACCCGAUGAGCCUGCAUUAUUAUUGCACACCAGUGGUACUACUGGCAGACCUAAGGGUGUGCCAUUGACUCAUCUCAAUUUAUUAACCUCCAUGCGCAACAUUGUGGGAACUUAUGAAUUGAAUGACAAGGAUUGUACUUUACUCGUCAUGCCUCUUUUCCAUGUGCAUGGUUUAAUUUGUGGUUUGUUGUCGACUUUACUUUCAGGCGGAACUGCUGUCAUUCCUAGUAAGUUUAGCGCAUCUCAUUUCUGGCAAGAUUUCCAAGAUAACAACUGCAAUUGGUACACUGCUGUACCCACUAUCCAUCAAAUCUUGCUUCGCAGUCCACCUAAGCAAGUACCCGCUAUUCGAUUCAUCCGUUCUUGUUCAUCCAGUCUUGCACCUGCUACCUUGCAUCAUCUUGAAGAACAGUUCAAGGCACCCGUUUUGGAAGCUUAUGCCAUGACCGAAGCAUCUCAUCAAAUGACAUCCAACCCACUUCCUCAUCGCGGUCCCCACAAAGCAGGAUCUGUCGGUCUCGGUCAAGGCGUGGAAGUGGUUAUUUUGGAUGAUGCAGGAAAUCCUGCCGAAUUGGGCGAGGUCUGUAUUCGUGGAAAGAACGUGACAAAGGGAUAUUUAAAUAAUCCUGAAGCAACUGCUAGUUCUUUUACAAAAGACGGAUAUUUUCGUACAGGAGAUCAAGGUAAAAAGGAUAAAGAUGGCUAUUUGGUCUUGACUGGUCGUAUCAAGGAAUUGAUUAACCGCGGUGGGGAAAAGAUUUCACCUAUUGAGUUGGAUUCAGUCAUGUUGAGUCAUCCCAAGAUUGCUGAAGCAGUAAGUUUCGCUGUACCCGAUGAAAUGUAUGGUCAAGAAGUGCAUGCUGCUGUCGUAUUGAAAUCAGGUGUUCAGGAUGACCCCAAGUCCAUCGAGCGUGAAUUGAUCGCUUAUUGUCAAUCCAAGCUUGCCAAAUUUAAGGUCCCUAAGCGUUUUUACGUCACUGAUGUCAUGCCUAAAACCGCUACGGGUAAAAUUCAACGUCGUAAGGUUUGUGAUGUCUUCUUCAAGGCACCCGUUAAACCUCAAGCCAAGUUGUAGGAGAAAUUAUAUAUAUACGUACACCUAGACAAUAAAAAAAAAAGCAACAUUUAUUUUUAUGCAGAUGCC